AUGAUGCAAUCUAACGAAAAAGGUAAUGCCAGGAAAUCAAAAAGUCAAAAAGUAGAUUCGUCGUCUGGGUUUUUCUUCAAUCCCGAUGGUGACAAGAUCUACGAGGACAUUCGAGAGCACUACAGCAUAGGACAGGUGCUGGGAUCCGGAAGUUUUGGCCAAGUCCGGGUUUGUACCCUCCUGGAAAAUGGCGAACGGAGAGCGGUGAAACUAUUGGAUCAAAGCCAACCAGAUAGUGUGCCCAUGUUCUGUCAGGAGAUCAAGUUGCUCCUAAAAGUUCAUAGCGAGCACAUCAUCCAAUUCUACGAAUACUUCAUAGACCAUCAUUUCCUAUACAUAGUCAUGGAACUUUGCACCGGGGGCGAACUCCUCAAAAAAGUGAUUGAGAUGCGGCGCUUCUGUGAAGAGGACGCAGCCCGUGUGUGCCGUCAGGUCGUGUUGGCCAUUGCCGCAUUGCAUUCGGCUGGUAUUUGCCACCGAGACAUCAAGGCUGAGAACCUCUUACUCGACGGGAGCGGUGAUGUUAAGACGUGCAUAGUGAAGUUGAUCGAUUUCGGCCUGGCCACCAGCGUUCAUAGCACCGGGCGUCUCAGUGAGCUUUGCGGUUCAGCGCACUAUCUUGCGCCGGAGCUUCUCGGUCAGAACUACAGCUUUCCCGUUGAUUUGUGGAGUCUGGGAGUACUCAUGUACCUUCUACUGUAUGGCUACUAUCCCUACGACGGGCCGUCUUCGAGGGAAAUUAUGAUGCAAAUCUUGAGGAACCGUAUCCAAUGGACGCAUCGAAAAGAAAAGGUGAUUUUUCUCCCUCAAACGUCCUACAAACUCUCUCCGGAAUGCCUCAAGUUCCUCAAGGGUCUUCUCUGUCGAACUGAAAUUGAUCGACUGACAGCAGAGGAAGCGUUGGAAGAUUCUUGGUUAGUCGAGCCUGCUGAUGCCAAUGUGGAGUCCGCUCAUCGCCGAGUGACCGAGUCACGCAUGAAGGUUGCACCUGCGAUCGAGGAAAAGCGCAAUUCCUUCUUGAGGAUGAUGGACGAGGACUAUAGAGAGGGCUUGAGCCGGUGCCAGAGACUCAACCCUACCGCUGUGGAAGAGAUCUCUGGUCGACCCGAGUUCGUUCGGCGGGACAAUAAAGUGAUGACAGCACCGAGCAGGACAUGGUGGUUUAGCAAGUUCUCGAUGAGGUCUAGCAGUCGGGAGAUGCAGGGCGGACAGAGAUUGUCCGACCUUAUCCCUAGUGGAGUUCCUGGCAGGACUGACAGACGCAUCAGACGUCGGAGCUCCGAAGCGGACUUAGAAGAAGGGGACAAGGCCAAGCUUCGGGUACGACUACGAGCUCAGCAGGCUGGAGUCAUCACAUCAGAGACUUUGCUCUGCCACCUCCGUCAAAGUCCGAUCACCCUCAAUGCGAUGGAUCUGACUGGUCCCCCGGCCAACCUCCGACUUGAACGCGGCUCCCGCAACAGCUGA